GGGGGGAUCAUGUAUGUGCUGUGCACCCUGGUGGUCCUCACCCUCCACAGCCUGAUCAAGAGCUACUACAAGGCCCUGGAGGCGAAGGCCGACCCGGACGCUGAGCCGGGGAGGAGGGGAGGCGGCUCAGUCCCAGAGCGCGCAGACGGAGCCCCUUCAGGGGGUACGUCUGGGGACGGGAGUGGCCAGAGAAAGGUCCUGACCCGUGGGGAGCUGGCCCACUGCAGACUGGAGUCUCAGCCUGGGAGAGCAGGCCGCCUGUACUACGUACCAAACAGAAGGAAGCUUUUAAAGCCGGUCCAGCGGUCCAGCGCUCUGCUCUGUCCUGCGGUCAUGUUUGGAACCAGAAAGACCUGGGACCUCGGCGACGCCCCCUGCCUUCAGGAGCUCUGGAAGAAAGACCUCUCAUUGGACGCCAGCUCAGUGGACUUCUUGAUGAGUGAUGGUGAGGACGAGGGUUCCUUCCUAUCUCUUCCCGCCUCCGCCUUCUCCCAGCGUCCCUCUCUGACCCCCGAAUUCUCUGAGGCCCACCUACCCGGCCAGCAGCUCCUCAUCCAGAAGGUCUCCUGGUUCUACUGCUGGACAACUAACGAUACCCUGCAGGAAAAGGUGUGUGAGAUCCAGGCCCGGCUGCACAGCGAGGAGCGCGCCCGCCAGCUCCAGCUGCAGAGGCUGCAGCAGAGUCACGAGCAGAGCGUUCUGGAGAACACCAGCAUUAUCCGCACACUGCAGGAGGAGCUGCUCUCCUCCCAGACCAGUGCACCGGCUGAACCACAGGAAGAGAGGCAGCCGCAGAAACCCACAGAGACCCAGCCCAGUGGGCCGGAGAGAGAGCAGCUCAUAGCUCAGCUGCACACACAGGUGGAGGAGCUGGAGGUGAAGCUGUUGGACCAGACCCAGGAGGUGGGGAGACUGCGCUCUGAGCUGGGGGCGACAGAUCUGGAGAAGCACCUGGAGCUUCUGGUGGUCGAGAAUGAGCGGCUGAAGCAGGAGCUGAAGGCGUGCCGGACGUCAGCGGUCCCCCCUCCGGCCCCCCCGGCCGCCUCCGCCUGCCCCGCCUGCCCCCACGGACAGGAUGCCGAGGCCCUGCGCGGCGAGGUCUCCCGUUGGGAGGGCCAGGCGCGGCAGCGGGAGCGCCGGCUGGCCGAGGUGGAGCGCGAGCUGCUGCAGAGCCACGCCCAGCGGGCGGAGCUGCAGACCGCGCUGGAGGAGGGCCACGCCCAGCUGGACGAGAGCCAGCGGUGGCGGGGCGACGCAGAGCAGCGGCUCGGGCUCCGCCUCCAGGAGUGUGAGGAGGAGCUGGCCCGGCAGGCCGCCGCGCCGGCGCCCGUCAAGUACGUGACCCAGACGGUGGAGGUGGAGAACGCCCAGACGGGCCGGGCGCUGGCGGAGGCGCGGGCGCAGAGCGGCGCCCUGACGGAGCAGCUGCUGGUGCAGAGGCAGCUGCUGCGGGAGCUGGAGACGCAGCUGCACGAGUCCCAGAGGAGCUGCACCCAGCUGCGCACCCAGAUCCUGGUGUACGAGGGGGAGAUGGAGCGGGCCCAGGGGCAGCUGGAGGUGGAGAUGCAGAGCCUGGAGGAGGAGAAGAACCGCGUGAUCGAGGAGGCCUUCGUGAGGGCCGAGAGCGAGAUGAAGGCGGUCCACGAGAACCUAGCAGGUGUCCGUAUGAACCUGCUGACCCUGCAGCCCGCGCUGCGCACUUUGACCUGCGACUACAACCUGCUCAAGAGGCAGGUGCAGGAGUUCCCCUACAUGCUGGACAAGGCCAUCGUGGAGGCCAAGCAGGAGAUCUGCCAGGUGAUCAACGAGGUGAGCGCAGCCAACCAGGAGCUCCUGAGGAAGUACAAGCGGGAGAUGAACCUGAGGAAGAAGUGUCACAACGAGCUGGUGCGCCUCAAAGGCAACAUCCGGGUGUUCUGCCGGGUGCGGCCGGUCAGCCACGAGGAGCACGUCUCCACCGAGUCCCGGAACAUGGUCAGCUUCGACUCGGACGAUGACGCGGUCCUCUACCUCUCCAACAAGGGCAAGACCAUGACCUUCGACCUCGACAAGGUCUUCCCACCGCAGGCCACGCAGGAAGAGGUGUUCCAGGAGGUCCAGUCGCUGGUGACCUCGUGCAUCGACGGCUUCAACGUCUGCAUCUUCGCCUACGGACAGACGGGCUCGGGGAAGACCUACACCAUGGAGGGUGCGGGCCAGAACCCGGGCAUCAACCAGCGGGCGCUCCGGCUGCUCUUCUCCGAGGUCAUGGAGAAGAAGCCCGACUGGGACUACAGGAUCACCGUCAGCAUGGUGGAGAUCUACAACGAGACCCUGAGGAACCUCCUGGGAGACAACCCCAGCGAGAAGCUGGACAUCAAGAUGAACCCAGACGGCAGCGGGCAGCUCUACGUCCCCGGCCUCACCCAGAUCACGGUGCAGUGCCCGGAGGACAUCAACAGGGUGUUUGAGCUCGGCCACAUGAACCGGGCAACCGCCUGCACCAACCUCAACGAGCACAGCUCCCGCUCCCACGCGCUGCUCGUCAUCACGGUGGCGGGCUUCAACUCGGCCACUGGGAACCGCACUCAAGGUAAGCUGAACCUGGUGGACCUGGCGGGCUCAGAGCGCAUCGCCAAGUCGGGCGCGGAGGGCAGCCGCCUGCGCGAGGCGCAGUGCAUCAACAAGUCUCUGUCGGCGCUGGGCGACGUCAUCAACGCGCUGCGCUGCCGCCACUCCCACGUGCCCUUCAGGAACUCGCGGCUCACCUACCUGCUGCAGGACUCGCUGAGCGGGGACAGCAAGACCCUCAUGAUGGUGCAGGUGUCCCCGUUGGUCAGCAACAUGAGCGAGUCUGUCUGCUCCCUCAAGUUCGCCCAGCGCGUCCGCAGCGUUGAACUAGGCUCGGCCUCCGCCUUCAAGAGGGUGGAGAACUCCUCCACCUCCUCGUCGCCCACCCACGACAGUGUGGAGCUGGACUCUCCGCCCGUGACACCGGUGCCGCUCCCCAUCUCUCGGGCCAGCAGCGCCGGCUCCACCCUCUCCUCCACCUCCCGGACCCCCAGCACGCGCAGACGCUCCCAGUCUCAACUCUCGACAGACAGGCAGGUAGACAGAGGCAGCCCGUUGGUGGGGGACAGUGGGCAGGACGACUGAAGCUGACGGCGUGAGGAACCGGGGGGGAGAACGUCCAGGAGAGAGUACAGCACGGACACGACUCCAGUAGCGGCUCCCUAAACAACAUGUCUCUGCUUUGCUUCACUCCUCUCUGGGAGUGCAGGAUGAGGACGUUUGAGGGAGUGACGGAGGGAACGCCGAAGAGGGAGUGAUGAGGAGCGGGGGGGCUGUCACACAAAGCAAUCUCUCGCCCGCAGCAGUUCACUCUAGUUUUUUUUUCUAAAGUUCCACUGAGGCUGCUUCAUCAGCACCCUGAACUUCAAGUUUCCCUCGUCAGCAGUCAAACCGAGGGGGGAUGUUGACUGGUGGCUGUCAAAAAGACUACAGUGGCAGUUAAACUGCCCGUACCAACCCAUACUACCCCCCCCCCCCACCCCCCCCCCUCCUGGACCUUAGAUAAGCUCUGCCUCCGUCCGGAAACCAUUGGUUACGGCCGCUAACCCUUUUUUCUUCCUGAUGCCCUAACACAGUAUAUACUUUGCGAUUACAGUAUUCCAUGGUAAAGUUGCACUUUAAACUUUAGUUUUGUUUGUUUAUGUGUAUUAACAUAAGUUAUGCUUGAUUUUUAAAGUAUGGGUAAUACGGUAUAUCUAUUUAUGUUUUGACAUGCUUUAAUCUACAUUUUUAUUUUGCUUAAACUUUCCAAUGGAGGCCGAUGUGUUUAUCUUUUUUGCAUUUACCUGAAGGCCUCCUUUUAUCCAAUCAGGGUACUCCACUGAAUCCAAGAUGGGGCAUAUUCUGUCCAAUAGGACAUGAGCAAUAGAAGAGUGUAGAAGGCUGGAGAACACCAUCUCUUUAGUAUUUUUGGGUUUGAAUCCACAGGGGGGAAUAACUAGUGUCAACCUCAACCCCGCAUGGAAGAAUUUCCGUUCUCUAAAACACACGACAGGAACGACCAUUCCUGCACUGUGAAUUCUUCCAUGAGUGGCUUGGUGCUUACCAAACUAAAACCACGUGACGGGACGGGACGCGUGCGUAUGCAGUGGUGAUCCGAGCCGGGCCGGGCGUAUGUAUGUGUGUAUAUAAUAUAUGACUGCUUAGGACUUUGAAACCACUGAACUGGUGGAGCGUGUUGUCAGUAAAUUGUCGCUAACCCAAUGUCCCGAGACGCUUGUCUGUCGUGCUCUGCUUGCUUAUCUUUGUCGUAGAUUUCUAGCCGUGAUUUUGUAUGAAACCCUUUUUAAAUAAACACUCGAAACCAAAUGUGUAUUGACUGCCC